AUGUCUUGCCUAAUAUCAAGGAUAUGUCGCAUGGCAAUGGCUCCAUGUCCAAGAGUACUUGUAUCAUUGACUGCCUCCAGCAGUAGCAGAACUCGCACCUACUCCUCAUCACCGAUCGCAUCUUCUGUAGAAGCUUGUCACCAAUCACGUAUCACUUCAGUACAACUGAAAGAAAAGGAACUGUCUGUUCACUGGAACAACACCAGCACAGUUGAUUUGCCGUACGUAUUCUUGCGCGACAACUGCCAAGAACCGGAGUCAUUUGACCAAGUAGCCAGACAACGUCUCUUCAACCCUGCGUUUACGGUCGAUUUGAAUAUUCGGGCAACAGGCGCCGAGGUGAACGAGGAGGGCCGACAGCUUACCAUCACGUGGCCGGACGGCCACCGCAGCAGAUACAAAUCUAGUUGGCUAAGGCAAUAUUGCACAGGAAAUACUGCCAUGUCUGGACGUUUGCCUGUGGAAACGUUUUACUGGGGAAGUGAUUAUUAUGAGAAACUGCCUCGCUUUGAUUUUGAGGAGUUGCUGAAGGAUGACAAAUGUUUGCUGGAAUAUUUGCUCAAGCUUGAAUCUCAUGGCUUAGUUCUAGUAGAGAACGUUGGGACACAAUCACAGCAAGUGAAAAGACUUUGUGAUCACAUUUAUUAUCCCAAACCUUGUAUCUAUGGGAUUGAUGUAAUGAAAGUGGAAAGUAAACUUGAUGCAAGUCAUAUUGCAUACACAGGAGUCGAGUUACCUCUACACAAUGAUUUUGUAUAUUGUGAUUACACUUGUGGGAUUCAGAUGCUGCAUUUUAUUCACCAUGUUCCUGGUUCCACUGCUGGCGCAUCUCGGUUUUGUGAUGGUUUUAAUGUUGCAGAAGCUUUAAGGAAAACAAAUCUGUCAGCUUUUGACAUGCUUUCACAGUAUCCAAUACAGUUUGUGGAUGCGGGUACUGAUACUGUUGGUGAUUACGACACAGAAUCAUGGCAUCACACGAUUAGUGUGUCUUCGAGUGGUGAAAUAACUGAAGUAAAUUACAGCAAUCAUAGCCGUGGUCCUCAUUUUCCAGCCAUUCUAAUGGAUAAACUUCAUGAGUGGUAUGCAGCAUAUUACGAAUUUUCUCAUCUAAUGAACUCACCUGAAUAUCUGAUUGAGUUCAAAGUAGAAGCUGGCCAAAUGGUGGUGUUUAACAAUCGUCGUGUACUACACGGCAGAAGUGGAUUUAAAUUGCAAGGCAAUGACUAUAGGUAUGCUGAGCUUUGCUACAUGGAUUGGGAUGAGAUUCGUUCAAAGGCUCGAGUUCUCAUGAAAAAAUAUUGAUACUCAUGACAGUCAUAGUGCAAUGUGACUUGAUGGUAGCAUAGCACAUGCUAGAGGUGUGAAUGCAUGACAUCACGGGGACAUGGCAUUAAUUAGCUUCUGACAGCUACAGCAAUUAUC